AUGGACGACUACGUCGAGGCCAACAAUAUCGCGUUCGGACUGAUGUUGCUCCACAUGGACGCCGACUACCAUCACAUCGUCGAUGAUUGUAAGGAAGCGUGGGUCGUGCGGGAGCGUUUGGAGACACUAUACGGUGGGUCGCAGAAGGCUGGGCGAAUCUACUUGAAGCGCCAGCUGUUCAGCAUGGAGAUGAAGGAAGGCGGCAAUGUGAUGCAUCACAUUGCCAUGAAGUCCUCAACAUCAGCGCUAAGCUAA